AUGGAGGGCGAGAGCACCUCGGCCCUGCUCUCGGGCUUCGUGUUCGGCGCCCUCGCCUUCCAGCACCUCAGCACCGACUCGGACACGGAAGGUUUUCUUCUCGGAGAUGUGAAAGGUGAAGCCAAGAACAGCAUUACAGACUCCCAAAUGGAUGAUGUUGAAGUUGUUUAUACAAUCGACAUACAGAAGCAUAUUCCAUGCUACCAGUUGUUCAGCUUUUAUAAUUCUGCAGGAGAACUGAAUGAAUUUGCCCUGAAGAAAAUACUGUCAGGCUGUAAGAAGAGUGUAAUAGGAUGGUACAAAUUCAGACGUAACACAGACCAGACCAUGACAUUCCGGGAAAGAGUUCUUCACAAAAACCUGCAGUCACACCUAUCAAAUCAGGGGCUUGUAUUCCUCCUUUUAACCUCUAGUGUGAUGACAGAAAGUUGUUCUACUUACAGAUUGGAACAUGCUCUACAUCGGCCUCAGGAAGGUCUUUUCCAGAAAGUCCCUUUGGUGGUUACCAACUUGGGCAUGGCAGAACAGCAAGGUUACAGAACAGUGUCUGGCUCCUGUGUAUCCUCCGGUUUUGUGAGAGCUGUGAGACAACACAGGCCAGAAUUCUUCCAUGAAGAUGGGUCCCUACUAGAGGUUCAUAAGAUAAAUGAGAUGUAUGCCACCUUGCAGGAGGAACUGAAGAAAAUAUGCAUUACAGUAGAAAUCAGUGAACGAUCUGUAGAGAAACUCUUAGCAGAGGUGAGCCAAUUAAAAGAAGAAAUAAAGAGGAAAAAGCAACAAAAUUGCUCGGGAGAAGACAAAAACCACCCAGCAGAGCCAAAGGAGAACGUUCUCCUUUGUCAGGCACUGCAAACAUUUUUCCCCAAUUCCGGACUCCAGACAUGCAUUGUUUCCUUCAAAGGCCAACACAUAUCCAAGAAUUGCUGCAACAUAGACCACCAUAUUAAUGUCAUGGACAAACUGACUCUCAUGGUAGAGGAAAGAGACUUCACUGAAGCUGAAACAAGGCAUAUAAACAAGCGUAAAGUCAGGGGGACCACAACAGUUUCAAAGUCAUUCAAGAAAUCCAGAUCAUUGCAGCUUCAUCAAGAAUCACUUCAAGACCAAGAGGACAGUGACCAGGACAGGAAGCUUACACUGAGUAGCACUGAAACAGAUGAGGAAGUGCUUGAUAAAAACAGAGAUGCAAAUGAAUACCCACACUCUCCUACUUUCUGAUCUGUCAGAUGACUUCACACCAACAGCUGCUGCUGGUGUACUCCAGUGAUGUAUGUAUCUAUUGCACUGCAGGGAUGUAUGUAUGUAGCAGGGCAUUUUUGCAGGUUGGUUUGGUUUUUUUUCCAGUGCACGAAUCCCGUUCAGCAUAAAGAUAAGUCCAGGAUGACAUUUUCUCACUUUGCUUUCCAGAGUUCCAUCUUGUCUUCUCUCUCUCAGGGUUCAAAGACUAUGCUAGAGGAUGCUAUCAGUUGGAUGAGCAUGUCACAUACUGCCUCCAAGUGAUUCAACUUCAAGCUGCUGGUGAAGAAGCAGUGCUACCCUCCUGAUGCAGGGAGCAUCAAAUGAACACGUAACAGAAUUAGCUCUCUACAUGAACUGCCACAGUUUAGAUACAUGAAUUUAUCCUCAGGAAACCAGUGCUUGUUUACUUCUCCCCAUCUUACAACCCAGCAAGGGAAAUAGCAGCCACCUGAGCUUUAGCAAGACCAGUGAGCAGAGGAAGGGGUCCAUACAGCUGCCAGUUUCUAUUAUUGCUUUAAUCCUCCUUCACACAAUAACUUGCAGAGACUUCAUGAAGAAAAAAAAAAAAAAAGAAUGACUGAUAUCCACCCCUCAAUCAACCACACAUCAUGCUAGCAAACCACAUUUCCAGCAAACAAGUAUAUAAACAUGAAAUACAGUUUUAUUGUUUAUUUCUGUACAGUAUAUCACUCUGGAUACUUGAUAUUACAUAGCUUGGGGUCUGUGAGAAAUUGUGGGUUCUUAAACAUAACUGGCAUAAAUCCUGUCAAAAAAAAAAAA